AUGGCGGAUGAUGACUUGCUGGAAAAGGUUCACAGCCUGAGCGACCUAGAGCUGGCCAUCCUGCUGUGCCUCGUCAAUCGGGAGCAUGUCUUGAUUAGCACUCCGCCAGCCGCCGUUGACGACUUGGUGCAGGAGCUCCAGCUGAUAGCAAGCAAGACAUUCAACCUGCAAUCCGUCGUCGUAAACUGCCACCCAUCCACCACGCUCGAAGACUUCGCCUGCGCUCUCCUCCUCCAACCUCAGCACCCUUCUCUCCCCAUCGCGAAGAGGACCUCCCGCUCCGUCUCGCCUUUUGCCCGAGCAGACUCGUACUUUGCGCUCGGCUCGCAGCCGAACAACCAACACCGAUCCUCCACACCGCUCAGCCCCCGUACCACGACUCCUUUCUCGACCUCUCCCCAGAUCGCCCACUUCGUCAUCGCAAAGAACCUCGAUCGCGCCCCGAGGGUCGUCCAGAUUCAAGCGCUUGAGCUGCUGCGCACGCGGCGCAUCUUCACGCGCACUUCCGUCCAGGCUGCGCCGAAGCAGUUUGUCUUUGUGCCCGUCCUGGGGGCUGCGAGCGGGGGUGAGGCGCACGUCACGGCGCAUCUGAACGACUUCUUUUCAGUGGCGCAUUGGCAUAACCCGGAUGAUGGGUAUGUCAACCUCGACGAGGUCGAAGGUCGCUCUGAUGCCGGAGAUGAGACGGCGUCUACGGAAAGCGUGGUGAAGAAGGAUACAACGCCGUCAAUAGCUCUAGUAUCAGACAUUGAAAUCAGCCACCUCGCAAAACUCAGUCAGGAGGUCCAGAUCGAUGUCGACAUCCUGCGAUACCAGAUGAACAUCGUCUCGUUCCUACGAAUGCACCGAGCCGUCGCAGGCGGCAUCUCCCCCGCGGCGACCAAGCAUCUGCACCAGCUCGUCAAGAGCCUCGCCCCCCUGCACAAGCUCGACUUCGUGACCCCUGCCCUCGUCGGGCUGGCCGUGAGGAAGGUCUACCUCCACCGGAUACGCAUCACCGAGCCUGAAAAGGAGAGGAGCAUGCAAUGGGGUAGCCAGCUCGAGGCUGUGGAAGCUCUGCUCGAAGAUGUAGGCCCCGAAGAGGUGAUUGAGGAGGUUUUGGAAAUGGUCACCGCGCCUCUCUGA